AACGAAGUCUAGGAAAUGGAGGAUCAGUUGGUUGCGAGGUAUAUCGGCGGCCUGAGGGUUCAAAUCCAAAGACACCGUCAAUCUGUUUGACCCCAUUAGUGUGUCCACGGCAUACUAGCGGGCUUUGGUAAUAGAAAAGCAGCAGCGGAGAACGGCCUGGAGCUCGUCUAGUAGCGGUACUCCGACAACUGGCAGUAGCGGGUUUCCAGUAUAGGCGGGGGAAACUAGGGGUGGCAGUCGGUCGGUUUCGGUUUAAUCGAAAACCGAUUUCUCGAUUAUCGGUUAAACCGAGCAACCACCUCCUAUUGCCAACCACCGACCAUGAGAUACACCACGGCUAGCCGACCACCGACCGGUCAGUUAUCGGUUUUGGUUCGGUUAGCCACAUACCCAAAAAUACUCCCUUCUCUAAAAAAAAUUAAAAGAAAAACAAACGAAAAUUCUCUACCACUAAAUCCUUAUCUACUUCCUCCUUCUCUCUCAUUCCUUCCUCUCCACCCACCAGAGAACAUACCACUUCUUCCUUCUCUCUCCUUCCUCCAUUUCAAACCCACAACAGACAACACCCACCACUCCUUCCUUCUCCCUCCUUCCUUCUUCCAUUUCAGAUCUGAACACCACACGGAUCAGAAGCAGAGGUGCGGCGGCGGCGAGUGGAGGCGGAGGUCGAGCUGCUGCUUGUGUUGGGAGGGCGACGAGCUGCUGCUGCCUGCUGGAGUGCUGGUGGAGGCGGCGGGGCGACGAGGGUGCGGCGGGGCGACGUCGACGAUGGUGGAGGCGUGGGUUAGUGAGGGGAGACGGCGGGCUUGUUCGUCAUCGGUCGUGGAGGCGCGGGUUCGGCCGUCGGGGAGGAGAGAUGGAGGGCGGCCAAGGAGAAGGGUGGAGGCGGCGGAAGACGAGGGAAGAAGGAGGCAAAGGGUUUUGGUUUGGGCUGGAUUCUGGAAGGUGGAGGCGGCUGAUAUGAGGGAGGGAUGAGGGAGAGUCAAGAGUAAUGGGGAGAGUGAUGGGUGAUUAGGGUUUCAAAUUCAAUUAGGUUUUUUUAAUAGGUAAAACGACGUAGUUUUGGGAAUAUCUGGGCUGAGUUCGGUUAGCCGCGGUUAACCGUCUCCGGUUACUCGGCUAGCCGAACAACCCCUAUCUCUGUCCGCCAACCGACCGACGUUACAUACAGUCGGUUUUCGGUUAGCCGCUAACCGGUGGUUUUCGGUUAAACCGACUGGUUAGCCGCUAACCGGAAACCGAACUGCCACCCCUAGGGGAAACCCCCCACUGAUACUGCUACUGGACGCACCAACAAGUUUGGUUCCGCGGGAGCUAAUAGCAGCGGCAGCCUGCUGAGGUGCUUCCGAUGCGGUGAACCGGGUCAUCGCCAAUUAGAUUGCAAGCAGCCACCAAGAAGGCGUUAUUUGCGGAUGAAACCGAGCCUGAUAGUGGCCUGCUUGAGACUACGGGCGGUGGGUAGCCUAUGUUCGAUGAAGAAGAAGAGGUUAACUUGGUGGUGAGGCGGUCUUGCAUGAUCCCCCGGGCACCCGACGAGGAUUGCCUGCGAAGUAAUAUAUUUCAGUCGACCUGUACAAUUUUGGGUAAGGUCCUGCCGAUUUAUGAUUGAUUCGGGAAGUUGUGAAAAUAUUGUCUCGGCAGAAGCGGUGCAAAAGUUGGGCAUUAAGACCGAAGAUCAUCCCAAGCCGUACAAGCUAGCUUGGUUGAAGAGAGGAGGAGAAGUUCAAGUGUCCCAGCGGGCUAUGAUCACAUUUUCGAUCCGAUCCAAGUAUAGGGAUUCAGUUUGGUGUGACGUUGUGACAAUGGAUGCUUGCGACCUAUUGUUGGACAUGCCAUGGAAAUUUGACAGGAGUGUGCGGCACGAGGGACGAACCAACACUUAUAGUUUCACGUUUGAGGGAGUGAAGAUCGUGUUGGUCCCGGCCAGUGCAACCCCGAGGCCAAAUCCCACAGCUUUGGGAGUGGACAGAAGUUACUUUCACUAGCUCGAUUUGAAGAGGAGGCGCGCGAAUCGGGAAUGGUGUUCAUCCUUGUAGGACGGGCGUUCUUGAAGGUGAUGGAGGUACCAGCUGCUGCAGCCGAGCUGUGCAGGAGUUCCAGGACCUGUUCCCGUAAGACCUUCCCAAUGGGUUACCACCCCAGAGGGAUAUCCAACACCAGGUCGACCUUCAGUCAGGAGCGACCCUUCCAAAUCGGCCUCAUUACCGUAUGAGUCCUGCCAAACAUGAAGAGUUGAGGAGACAAGUGGAGGAGUUACUAUCCAAGGGAUUUAUUCGAGAGAGCCUCAGUCAUUGUGCAGUGCUAGCUUUAUUAACGCCAAAGAAAGACGAGACAUGGCGCAUGUGCAUUGACAGUCGGGCUAUCAAUAAGAUCACGGUCAGGUAUUUACUUGAUCAAUUUCCUAUUCCUCGACUCUAUGAUUUACUUGAUCAAUUAAGUGGUGCUCGUGUGUUUUCGAAGCUGGAUUUAAAGAGUGGGUGCCACCAGAUCCGUAUUCACGAAGGGAUGAGUGGAAGACCGCAUUCAAAAUGCGGGAGGGUUUAUUUGAGUGGUUGAUCAUGCCAUUUGGGUUGUCGAAUGCUCCUAGCAUAUUUAUGCGUGUCAUGAACCAGGUGUUGCGGCCAUUCAUCGGCCGGUGCGUUGUGAUCUAUUUCGACGACAUUUUGAUCUACGGUGCUGAUCCAGAGCAACACCUUCAUCACUUGUGCGAGGUUCUGCUCGUGUUGAGGAGAGAAAAGUUGUAUGCAACACUUAAGAAGUGUGUUUUCCUGUCAUCUGAGGUACUCUUCCUGGGUUACAUUAUUUCGGCAGAUGGAUUGCGGGUCGAUCCAUCGAAAGUACAGGCAGUGCGGCAGUGGCAUCGACCCCGAACACUUACAGAAGUUCGAAGCUUUCAUGGUCUGACCUCGUUUUACAUGCGCUUCAUACCACACUUCAGCACCCUUAUGGCACCCAUUACGGACUGCAGGCGAAGUAGCACCUUCACGUGGACGGAUGAGGCGGAUGCGGCCUUCGAGGGUAUCAAAGAGCGCUUGACAACUGCCCCCAUCUUAGUUCUACCUGACUUUCACCUUCCUUUUGAGCUGCACUCAGAUGCUUCGAAGGUCGGGAUUGGCGCAGUCUUGAGUCAAAAUGGUCGCCCAAUUGCCUACUUAAGUGAAAAGUUGACCGGGGCGAAACUCAGAUAUAGUACUUAUGAUGUAGAGUUUUAUGCUGUGGUCCAAGCCGUGAAGCACUGCCGUCAUUAUUUAUUCCAUCGUGAGUUCAUUUUGUACACUGACCAUGAAGCGCUCAAAUACUUGUAUGGGCAAGACAAAGUAUUAGCAAUGCAUGCAUCGUGGGUAUCUUAUUUUGGAGGCUUUACCUUUUAUGGUGAAGCAUUACGAGUGGAAUUACUAAUCGGGUCGCCGAUGCACUGAGCCGUCGGCGAAGUCUUCUGAAUAGAUUGGCAGUUCAGGUACCCUGCUUUGCUACUUUUGCCGAAUUGGAGGAUGAACCUUUCUUUUCCCCUAUACUUGCAACAGUUCGGGCUGGACAUCGAACAAAUUAUCUCCUGCAGGAUGGGUUCCUCUUUAAGGUAAUCGAUUAUGUAUUCCGAAUUGCAGUCUACGGCCAUUGAUCGUUCGUGAGCUGCAUGGAGAGGGCCAUGUGGGACGUGACCGUACCUUACAGCUUGUGCAGGCUAGCUAUUUUUGGCCAACCAUGCAUCGGGAAGUCCAACGCUUUGUGCAACAUUGUCGUGUUUGUCAGGUUUCAAAGGGAAGAGCCACUAAUGUAUACUCCCGUCACAACCCUAGGUUGACGUCAGCAUGGACUUCGUGCUCGGGUUGCCUCGUACUCAACGGGGUAAUGAUUCCAUCUAUGUGGUUGUAGAUCGAUUUUCCAAGAUGGUACAUUUUAUUCCCUGUAAGAAGACUACUGAUGCUGUUCGUAGAGGUGGCAAUUGGAUCGGAUUCGUGGAUUGGAUUGGUGGAUCCAUGGAUCAAAUGGAUUGGAUCCAAUGGAUUGGUGGAUUCAUGGAUUGGAUCAAAUGGAUUGGUGGAUUGAUCCAUGAAUCCAAAAUGACAUCCAAGGCUUGAACCAAAAUGUAAAUUUUGAAAAGUUUAGGUAUUAAAUUGUCAUAAUAAAAAAAUUUAGGUACCAAA